AACGUCAUUUCCGUUUCCGUUAUCACAGUUGUUAUAGCAACAACAGCGACAGCAGCAGCUGAAGGCCGUGUUCCGGUCCAGGUACAUUGGGCCGCGUUGCCGCAGGUGUGUGGAACAAUGUUCAGCUGCGAAGAACACAUCAACUUGUGCAGGUGAACAAACAGAAGACACCAUGACAAUAGCUGCUGCCCAUGUGCCACAGGAAGACAGUGCAUGGAGGGAAGCUGAGCCUCGCAGCUGGAAUGGAGGCCUUGUACCUGACCAGAUGAAAUCUCUGCAAUUCGCUGGGCAUCCAGGGGACGGCGAUGCGGAUAUCGUAGAAACAUUUGGAGCGCAACUUGUGAAGAUUGAAGGGCAAUGGAAACUGCAGAAAGCUGAUCAGACGUGUAUUCAUGAGCAAAGUGACAACAGAGAAAUAAGUGAUCAAGACUCCACAAAGCAAGAGAAUAAAUCGAAGGAGGAGAGAGGCCCCAGAAUGACAAAGAAGUUUCUGCGGGAGCACUGUAAGCGGCUGAAGCUUUACCAGACCCCGUACCUGAACGACACCCUCUAUCUGCAUUAUAAAGGGUUUUCCUGUAUUGAGAGCCUGGAGGAGUACACAGGCCUCAAGUGUCUGUGGCUGGAAUGCAAUGGGCUGUCCCGCAUUGAGAAGCUGGAGGCACAGACACAGCUUUCCUCUCUCUAUUUACAUCAUAACCUCAUCAAGAAAAUUGAGAACUUGGAGCCAUUGCAGAAGCUGGACUCUCUCAACCUCAGCAACAACUUCAUCCAAACCAUUGAAAACCUGUCCUGCCUACGUCAGCUCAACACACUGCAGAUAGCUCAUAACCAGCUCCAUUCUCUGCAUGACAUUGAACACCUGAAACAAUGCCACAGCAUCAGUGUGCUUGACUUUUCAUACAACAAACUCAGUGAUCCCAGUAUUCUCACUGUCUUUGAAGUCAUGCCCAACCUGCGUGUGUUAAAUCUGAUGGGGAAUGAAGUUAUCAAAAAAAUCUCCAACUACAGGAAGGUUGUUACAUUGCGCCUCAGGCACCUCACAUACCUGGAUGACAGGCCAGUGUUUCCUAAAGACAGAGCAUGUGCGGAGGCCUGGGCCCAGGGAGGCCGUGACGCUGAGCUGGAGGAGAGGGAGAAAUGGGAAUCAAGUGAACGGAGAAAGAUUGAGGCCAGCAUUGCCGCUGUGUCGGAGGUCAGGAGAAAAGCUGAGGAGAAACGCAGACUCAGAGAGAUAGAGGAAAGUGAAGUACUUGCCUUAGGGAAUCCUGAGCCCAGGAUUGCUACAGAUACAGAGACUCGGAUAAAGAUACAGAAAUUUGUAAAUGAUGUAAUGGACAUCCAUGACGAAUUCCUUAAAGAUCAGCAACAGGAGAUUGAAAAGGACCAGACAGGCUUUUCUGCUGGAGAGAAAGAUGUUCAGUGUCUGGGUGUUCCAGUACAGAGCGAGAGACAAGCCAAAGAGUGGACUUGCUCAUCCUUUGACCUUGAAUGCAACAUGGAGCAAAUCGCACUGGGCAGCAGGGUACCUCGAGAGACAUCUUCAGAAGUACCUACCACAGAAGGGGUGCUGGUGACUGAACUGGAGAGAGCGGAUACCAUAGAGACCAUUUAUUUGAAGAAAGAGAAGCUGUUCAUUGAUGAUCUGCCCGACUUGGAAGAUGUUACAGGUUUCUCAGCAGCUGAUGAGGGCCAGCAGCUAUUCACAUGCGAUUCCGUAACUUCACUCCCUUCAAUCUGUGGUUGGAAUAACACUGACGCUGACACUCCAUUUAAUAUGGUGUAUCGGCCAAAGAUUGAAAUAAUCUCAGCAGCAAGUGCUGUCAGUGACUGUGAGGACACACAGCCCGAGCGAGAAGUAAAGCAAUCCCAACACUCUGGUCAUCAGCAAGGGCCAUGUUGGCAUCACAAAGCAAACACGGCGGCCAGACAGGAGGUGGCGACACAGGACAUCAACCCCAAACUAGGAGAGGCCCAAAGCAGUGAAGCGAAGACAUUGACAAUACCCCUACACAGCGAUUCACAAACUCUGCAGUGCUCCAGGAAGGAUGAAGUUGAUAAACCGACAAAGAUACUGAUAGAGGAAGCAUCCACCCUGUCAGCUCCCGACAGGAUAAACCUGGCUGGCAGAGGGCGGUGGCUGGCAGAGGGCGGCACUUCCUCAGUCCCGGACUCUCUUGAUAGUGAGGACAUCGAGUUCGGCCUUGACUGACUACCACCAACCGAGACCUCUCACACCCUCUCACAUCACACCCUCUCACCCUUUCACAU